AUGGUUAAUAUAGCCAAAGGAAAACAGCCAUUUAAAUGUUUAAGUGCAACUUUUGAUCAAAUAGAAAAUAAAUGUUUACUUUACGGUCCUGGAAGUAGUGCUGAUGGAAGUGUUAGAUUGAUACCAAACACAAAUUCAAUUCAUUUUGAAAAAGGAUGUAUAAACGAGCAUUUAGUUAAUUACUGUAAUGGAUUACCUAUUUAUCGUUACCCCCAAAAAUCAUUAAUUGGUUAUGCUAUAGGCUCUAAAUAUUCUGAAACUUUAAUUAAUUGUUUGGAAAAUUGUUGGUUAUAUGUAGAUGUUGAAAAUAAAAAAUGUAAAUCUGUGGUAAGGGUUUUUUAA